GCCUGGACCCGUGGGUCCUCGAACCGCGCUCCAGCCAGCGACAUGGCUGUCCUUGGAGUGCAGCUGGUGGUGACCCUGCUCACUGCCACUCUCAUGCACAGGCUGGCCCCGCACUGCUCCUUUGCACGCUGGCUGCUCUGCAAUGGCAGUCUCUUCAGAUACAAGCACCCUUCAGAGGAAGAGCUCCGGGCCCUGGCGGGGAAGCAGAGGCCCAGAGGCAGGAGGGAGCGGUGGGCCAAUGGCUAUAGUGAAGAGAAGACUUUGUACAUCCCCCGAGAUACCCCUUUCCAGCUUGAGACCUGCCCCCUCACAGCCGUGGAUGCCCUAGUCCUGCGCUUCUUCCUGGAAUACCAGUGGUUCGUGGACUUCGCCGUGUACUCAGGUGGCGUGUACCUCUUCACAGAGGCCUACUACUAUGUUUUGGGCCCAACCAGGGAGACCAACAUUGCUGUGUUUUGGUGUCUACUUACCAUCGCAUUCUCUCUCAAGGUAUUCCUGACAGUGACCCGGCUGUACUUCGGCACUGAGGGGGGUGGCGAGCGCUCCGUCUGCCUCACCUUCGCCUUCCUCUUCCUGCUCCUGGCCAUGCUGGUGCAGGUGGUGCCGGAGGAGACCCUGGAGCUGGGCCUGAAGCCAGGCCUGGCCAGUGUGACCCAGAACUUGGAGCCACUUCUGAAGUCACAGGGCUGGGACUGGGUGCUUCCUCUGGUCAAGCUGGCCAUCCACAUGGGGCUGGCGAUCCUAGGCUCCAUGCUGGGCGCCUUCCUCACCUUCCCAGGCCUGCGGCUGGCCCAGACCCACCGAGAUGCACUGACCAUGUCGGAAGACAGGCCCGUGCUGCAGUUUUUCCUGCACACCAGCUUCCUGUCACCCCUGUUCAUCCUGUGGCUCUGGACCAAGCCCAUUGCACGGAACUUCCUGCGCCAGGCACCCAUAGGGGGCGCACCCGUCUCCCUGCUGUCGGACUCAGCCUUUGACUCACUGCGCCUCUGGGUAUUGGUGGCAAUGUGCCUACUGCGGCUGGCAGUGACCCGGCCCCACCUGCAGGCCUACCUGUGCCUGGCCAAGGGCCGCGUGGAGCAGCUGCGGCGGGAGGCUGGCUGCAUCGAGGCCUGCGAGAUCCAGCGGCGGGUGGUACGGGUCUACUGCUACCUGACAGUGGUGAGCCUGCAGUACCUGACGCCAGUCAUCCUCACCCUCAAUUGCACACUUCUGCUCAAGACGCUGGGUGGCUACUCUUGGGGCCUGGGCCCGGCCCUCCCUCUGUCCCCAGUGCUGGCAGCAGCCCAAGAUGGCUCAAUGGGCCCCAAGGAGGACGAGGCCCAGCAGGCAGUGGCCCGGAUCACUGGGGCCCUGGGUGGCCUGCUCACACCCCUCUUCCUCCGUGGCACCCUGGCCUACCUCGUCUGGUGGACUGCUGCCUGCCAGCUCUUGUCCAGCAUCUUUGGCCUCUACUUCCACCAGCACCUGGCGGGCUCCUAGCCACCUGAAGACACUCCUAGGGCCCCGUGGUGCGUGCCUCCGUAUAUCCAGGUGCAAGUGGGCCUGGGAGUCCCCACUGUGCUCACCUCCUCGCUGCAGUGCCUGAGCGGGCCCCCCUGAAAGCUUCUGUCUUGAAACUAUAUCCUAAGGCUGGUGGCAGAGGGCCCCUCAGCCAUUGUUCCUGGAUUGCGUGUGGACAUUCAGGUUUGACAGCAGAGCAAGGGGGCCAUUCCUCUGCAUAACUGUGGGGCGGCAUUUUACAAACAGGGAAGCCAAGGGAGAGAGGGGUGCGUGAGCCCGUGGUGCUGGGCUGGCCACAGUGGCUACUGCCCACUGCCAUAGGUGCAUGGGGACUGCUUUCCUAUAAAGGAUGCACACAGGCCAGUGGGCACAUUAUUGAGGCCAUGGUGACCCAGGGGACAGAGGAUGAGGGGCCUUCUCCGACUCCAGCAUUUUUCCGUCACCAUGGCUGCAGUGGGAUUCCGGUAUGUGUGUGUGUGCGCAAGCGCGUGUGUGUGUAACAACAUGUGUGCGGCUGAAAAGCCAAAAUUCAACUGAGUAAAUUUUAAUGAUUUUAA